AACUUGUGUUUUUGUGUGUUUUAGUCCGGACAGUUCAGCGAAGACAUGAUUCCAACAGUCGGGUUCAACAUGAGGAAGAUCACUAAAGGCAAUGUCACCAUCAAGUUGUGGGACAUCGGCGGUCAGCCUCGGUUCAGGAGCAUGUGGGAGCGUUACUGUCGAGGAGUCAGCGCUAUUGUCUACAUGGUGGACGCUGCCGACCCCGAGAAGAUCGAAGCCUCCAAGAACGAACUCCACAACCUCCUGGACAAACCGCAGCUGCAGGGAAUUCCUGUUUUGGUUCUGGGCAACAAGAGGGACCUACCAGGAGCCCUGGAUGAGAAGGAGCUCAUAGAGAGGAUGAACCUGUCGGCCAUCCAGGACAGAGAGAUCUGCUGCUACUCCAUCUCCUGCAAGGAGAAAGACAACAUCGGUAUGACACACACACACGCACACACACACUUACACACAGGCACACACACACUUACACACAGGCACACACACACUUACA